GAACCCCAAAACCCAUUAAAUAAAUCCUCUACCCCUUCGCGCACCCAAUUCCGCGCCCAUGUCGCUCUCCUCCCUCCAAUCUCCUCCCCUUCCUCUCCGCCUCCCCUCCUUCCACUUCCUCCCUCCAUCCCCCUUCCUCUCGCGAAACCCUGCCGCCUUCUCCCCUCGAACCCUCAUCACUCGCCGGCCGCUCUUCUUUCGCCUCCGCAGCCGUCUUCCCGCCGCCCUACCCGCUACCGACCAGGGGAUCCUCCAGGCCCUCGUGGGAUCGUCGGACGACGCCGUCGAUGAGGCCAGGACCCACCUUCCCGCCGUCCGGUCGUACGAGGGCGAUCUUGCUCGUCUAACCCUUGUUGGAGCCGUCAGCUAUGACCAGGCCCUCACCGCCGCCGCUGCCGAUGGCGGCGAUGCCGCCGAGGACCACCUAUCCUCUGGCAAAUCCACCAUGGUCGUCGAGACAGUGUUACCUGGCAGCUCCGACGAGCACAGUACGGUCUCCACCAGACUGUUUUUACCAGCUAAGAAGGUGAAAGAAAAGGCUAAGACGUUGAGGAGUAGUCUCACUGCAGAUAUCCUGUCCAGCAGUCCUACUGUUUCAAAGAAUAUACUUGCUAUGACCUUUAGACAAGUUGUGUUGCAACGACUGUGGAGUUUCCAACUCUCAUUGUUCAGCCCAGGAACCAAGAGAGACAUGAAAGAUCUUGCCAGCCCUAGAGAGGAUCCAACAGACAUUACUGUUAGUUCGUCAGAUGAAAGAUUUCUUUCGUCUCUUGCUGAGGCCAUCUGUUCUUGCGUUCUUCAGGACACUGAAAGGAAUUACCAUGGACAUGCGAGUGAUUUGCGAUCAAAUAAUUUAUUUGAUUGGCUUCAGAAGCCUCGACAUAACUGCUCGGUUGAUUCGUCCAUUUGUAUAUAUAGAAUUUCUGAAUGUGAGAUAGUGGGAAAUGCAAGGAAACAUGUGGACAAAUUUAAUCCGGUGAAGGAGAAGUCGUUAGAUAGAGAGAGGAAAAUGAAGCAUCGUUGGUGGGCACCACCUAGUUAUUCAAGGUUGGUUAAAUAUGGAGGUCCUGGAUUCAGUGAUUGGACGAGUGAGUUCAUUCCUGCUUACAGGCUGCAAAUUGAUUCUCAUACAUUUAAGGAUACAAAGCUGGAAGGAUGGCAGAAAUUAGCUGAGAAUAGGUGGGAAGUUCUUUUAACCCACUUCCAAAUGGUGGAAUUGGCAAAUAUUCUUGACAUGUAUUAUGAAGACCAAUACGCAUUACCAGACAAACAACUUUCAUAUAACUUGGUUACAAAAUCGUCAAAUGUCUCAAGGAAUAAGAGUUCUGCAUGGAAAAUGAUAUUUGUUUCCUUAGCUGGUGGAUUCAUUGUUAUUUUAAUCAGUGUUCUUGCUCAAGUAUGUUGGCCUCACCUUCGAAAAUCCAGAAAAGCUUUGGAGCAAAAUACUUCUGUUCCAUUGUCUGAAACUGAUAGCUGCCAUCUGCGGCUGCUUGAAGUUGCUGAGGUAGAAGCUUUGUGUGUAUCAAUUGUCAAGAAGAUCAAAGAUGCACUUUGUUGGCCUGGGGAUAUAAUGUUUGAUGCAAAUCUUGGCGCAUGGACUGGAAAACUUCCUCCUUGCUUGAGGAAUAACAGUCUCAUGUUGCAUGCCAUUGAUGGUACAAGAGAAGAUGCUACAUGUCAUCCUGGUGAUGUACAAACCAAUGCAGAAUUAUCUACCAAUGUAUCUUCUUCUGAGACAAUUAAUGCGGAUGGUCUGUUGACUGCACAGGAUAUUGCUAGUUUUCAGGUGGUCUUGUCAGGAGAUGGAAAGAUAAUCGGGUUUCAGCCAACAAGCCGUGUAGCUGUAAAUAAUUGGGCCUCCAAUCCCCUAGUAAAGGAAUUGUAUGAGGAACGAAAGCUUUCGCCUGGUCUUUUAGAGCCAACCCUUAAAAUUCCUCGUCCGCAUGAGGUUGUUCUGAUUGAGUUGUUGAUGUCAGUAGCUCCGGAAUCCUCAUUUGCAUUGGCAAGGCCAAUUGAUCAAUCACGCCAAGUACUGUAAUUUAUAUAUAUUUUGGAGUCCAACAGUAGGCAUUAUUAACUGCAGGAAAUUCGUACUGGUGUCUUAAAAGGUGGUACCCUCUGUUAUUUAAAGUUCAAAGGGAAAAGAGAAGGAACACCUGCUUUCAACGAUUUUUCUCAGGGUGUCGGAUCAUGGUCCUAUGCUAUUGGUUGUCGCAGUUGUAAUGGGAGUGACAGUUGUAUUGCUCAAUCAGGCACUGGUGACAGUUGACUCAUUUUGUGAUAAUGGCAUCAGCCUUAUUGGAACAAGGCUUCAGAACUUUGCUCCCACUACAUUUUGCUGGAUAGACAAUCUAAAGGAACGAGGUAAAGACCAAACCGGUGAAAGCAUGCACUGCAGCAGAGCUUCAUCUCCAAGGACGGCUGACUAACCGCAUGGGUGAUCGAAAGCAUUUUGAACCUUGCCAAUUGCAGCAGAAACAUAAGCCAUCAUGCUCUGUUUUAUGAUAUCAAUUAUCAAUGGAGACCUUUUGAUUCACAACAGUCACGAUGGUGUAUGUUGUGUGACUUCAAAUCUGCUAUUCAUGGCUGUUGUUAAGUUGUUCUACUUCCAGCUGAUCCUGGUGCAGCAUGAAUUAGUUUGUAGUUUAUCUAAUGAUCUUUAUGAAUGUUAACCGCACAAAACAUCUGUAUUUGAGAACUAGGCUUUUAGUUCUGAAUUUGCAACUAUUUUGCUAGAUGCGCACAAGAGCGAUCUUUGCCGUGUUA